CAAAUUCCACAAUGCCAACGAUGAACGAAAUUCCAAUCUGAACUUGAAUUCCUGAAAUGAAACAAUAACGGAAGUCAAAAGUCAGCAUUCAAACCGAAAACCCAGAAAAUAAAAGCACUGGAAAGAGGUGGGUUGGGAUCCAAUUCAACCCAUUCCAGAUAAGGCAGCCAUUGUUGGCGAGCUCCAGCUUUCAGCUGAGCUUCGGGGGGUUUCAGAGGUCGAAGAUGAUAACCAUUCCGUAUUUGACCGCGUUGAGCACCUACUUCAGCUACGGCUUGCUCUUUGCCUUCGGCCAAUUGCGAGACUUCUUCAGAAAAAUCAUUGAUUGGUGGCAGUCUGGCGAUCUCCAGGGUUACGCGCCGAUCUGUUUAGGGCUUGAGGAUUUCUACAUUCGUCGUUUGUAUAAUCGAAUUCAGGAUUGUUUUGGACGACCAAUAUCAAGUGCUCCUGAUGCUUGGUUUGAUGUUGUUGAGCGUUAUUCUAAUGACAACAAUAAGACCCUAAAACGAACAACAAAGAUAAGUAGGUGCCUCAACUUGGGAUCGUAUAAUUAUUUAGGCUUUGCUGCAUCUGAUGAAUACUGCACACCUCGUGCCAUCGAGUCAUUGAAGAAGUUUUCCCCAAGUACUUGUAGCAGUCGUGUUGACGGGGGAACUACAACAUUGCACAAAGAACUGGAAGAGUGUGUUGCAAACUUUGUUGGAAAACCAGAUGCUAUGGUAACUGGCAUGGGUUAUGUGACGAACUCUGCCAUCCUUCCUAUCCUCGUUGGGAAGGGAGGGCUGAUAAUUAGCGAUUCAUUGAACCACAACUCAAUUGUGAAUGGUGCCCGAGGCUCAGGAGCUACAGUUCGAGUUUUCCAACAUAAUACUCCUUCGCACUUGGAGAAAGUUUUGAGAGAGCAAAUUUCUGAGGGACAACCUAGGACACAUAGACCAUGGAAGAAGAUAAUUGUCAUUGUCGAGGGGAUAUACAGUAUGGAAGGAGAACUCUGCCAGCUUCCAGAGAUUGUUGCAAUAUGUAAGAAAUAUAAGGCAUAUGUUUACCUGGAUGAGGCUCACAGCAUUGGAGCAGUUGGAAAAACGGGAAGAGGUGUCUGCGAAUUAUUAGGGGUUGACACGGCGGAUGUAGAUAUAAUGAUGGGAACUUUUACAAAAUCAUUUGGAUCAUGUGGUGGUUAUAUAGCUGGAUCCAAGGAGGUUAUACAAUAUCUUAAAUACACUUGCCCGGCUCAUCUAUACGCAACUUCAGUCUCACCUCCAGCUGCUCAACAAAUCAUAUCUGCUAUUAAGGUCAUUCUUGGAGAGGAUGGUACCAGUCGAGGGGCUCAGAAACUUGCACGGAUUCGUGAAAACAGCAACUUCUUCAGGUCAGAGCUGCAGAAGAUGGGCUUUGAGGUUCUCGGAGACAAUGAUUCCCCUGUAAUGCCCAUAAUGCUCUACAAUCCAGCAAAAAUUCCUGCUUUUUCUAGGGAAUGUCUGAAGCAAAAUGUUGCUGUUGUGACAGUUGCUUUCCCGGCUACUCCUCUACUUUUGGCCAGAGCACGUAUUUGUAUAUCUGCCUCACACACCAAGGAAGAUCUUCUCAGAGCCUUGGAGGUAUGUUUCAGUUCAACUUAAGAAUGUGAUGCCUUU